AUGACAACGCUAGGUGUAGGAGACGCCUUUGGUGCUAGUCUAUACGAAGGUGCCUAUGUUACCGCUUUGUUGACAGUCAAUUGCACUGUCGUGGUGGGCACUGACGCAGGGAGUGUGUUGGCCUUUGCAUAUACAGACGGUGACGCUUUUAUUGGCUCUGCUACACCUUCCGACUCUGAAAAUAUUACCUGUGAUUGCGUGUACGCCCGCGCUCUACACUACGGUCCGGUCCACUGCCUAGCUGCUUCCUCGGCGUAUCUUGUUGCCUCUGCCGGGCACGACGCAACACCCGCCGUCCAGCCGAUCAGUAGUAUGAUUACAAAUACGAACGGGCGGGCGGUCCGCCUGCAUGGACAUACGCUAGCGGUAACGUGCAUGGCCUUCUUCUCAACCGGUUCGUGGCUGGCGACAUGCAGCGUUGGGGGGCACAUCAUUAUUUUCGAUACUUCGUCUUGCACACUUCUUUGUGAAGUACGCGUUGGUUUCCCUGUACGUUGCCUAGCCCUUGCGCCUGAUGAAACUAUGUGUUACGUCGGCGGCACACAGUUGGCACGUGUGGAUUUGUAUGAUAACGAUCGCCCCCUUGAACCGUUGUUGCAGCGGGAAGAACCAUUUUGGAUGCGGCGUUACGCAUGGAAUACGGAAGCUGCUGCCAGCGCUGAGACGGAAGACAGUGGAGAAGGGCACACGAGUGAGUCACCGAGCGACCUGUUCAUUGCUGCUCUUCAUGUAGACGAGAACGGUCUCACCGCCAUUUUUCAAUCACGGGAUCGCAACUUGGACGAUGGCGCGAUCGCAACAUGGAGACACGAUGCUGCAAACUUUUGGCUUUCCUCCAACUUUAGGCGGUUGAAGAAACCUCAGCUAGUUCAAUCGCAGCAAAAUCCGAGACAAGGGGUUUCCGUUUCGUGUUCUCGUUUGCAUAUUCGAGUGGAAGAGGUGUUGCAGACUAAGGAGAAAGGCAAUUCACUUUUUUCCCGCGCUAGCGAUGGUUGGAGUACGUGGGGAUCUGCUUGUGUCCGUGUCGGGCAGUGUCCACCCACGCAGACGGUGAAGUGGACGGCAAACGUGCGCUCAGCGCUUCCACUGUCGUCAGCGGCAUAUGGACGAUUGGGGUGCGAGGAGGAGCGUGAACGGCGGCUUCAGGGAGAGUGUGAUGAACUUGUGGAGCAACUUAAGGCUGAGUGUGGGGUGCGUGGAAUAAAAAAAAAAAGGCACCGCGACACCGCUACGACGUGA